AUGUCCCGUCGCUUCGACCAUGGCGACCUCGUCUGGGCCAAGGUCCACAACUACAGCUACUGGCCCGCCCAGGUGCGGACUGACAUCCGUGCUGACCACCGAAAGGUAGCUGUGAUUUUCUUCGGUUCCCAUGACUUUGGCUUUCCCUAUGCCGAGCAUGUGGACGACUUUGAGGCAGCCUUCUCCAAGCACACGAGCGCCUUCAAGAAGAAGAAAAUGCCCAAAAAUCUCCAGUCCGCCAUCGACGAGGCCCGGCGACGGGAGUCGCUCCUUGGCAUCCGGUGUCGAGGCCUCGGGUCGCAAUCCGACUCGGACAGCGCUGAUGGCGGCCAUUCCGGGUCCGAGAGGCACUCGCGCUCGCGAUCGCGCUCGCGGUCGCGCUCGCGGUCGCGCUCGCGUCAACGCCGGCGCCGGCGCUCGGCAUCAAGGUCAUCUCGGUCACCCUCACCCUCAGCCUCGGGGUCGCGGUCGCGGUCGCGGUCGCGGUCGCGGUCCCCCUCAGCCCCGCGGUCACCGGGGGGGCGCCCUCAUCGCCGCCGGUCUCGGUCGCACUCUCCCUCGCGGUCGCGAUCGCGGUCGCGCUCACGAUCCCACUCUCGGUCACGGGUGUCCUCGUCGCCAGCACGCCCAGCGCGCGCCACCAAGCGUGGUGACUCCCCGGGACCCGAUUCGCCCCUGCGGCCGCCAACCGGCGCCGGGGGCGGUGUGCUCCGGCGCAAGCGUCCUACUCCCUCGGCGCCGGAUUCCGCAGACUCGCCCCCACCCCCGGGGACGGCCCGCCGAGUCGCCACCAGCACCCCCGGGGUUCGCCCUUCUCGAUCCCGCGACGAGUCGCAUCCUGAUCGUGAAAGGAGUCCGCCGCCCGUGGCCGGUGAUACCCCCGCUCGCGGCGUCAAGCGCCCGAAAGUCGAGGCCCCCCUGCCGGAGUCCGAGCCACGCGGGUCAGCCUCUCCCCAACUGCCCUCGGCCAUGGCCGAUGACAGCCACCGGAUUUCCAAGUCGCCCGAGCUCCUGCCCCUGGAAUCGAUCCUGUCGCUGGCACAGCGCGUUCUGCCCGAUGGCCUGACAAGCGGCAUGGCCACGCUUCUGCUGCCUCGCAAGAAGAUCAGCCGGCAGGACCUGACACCGGAGCAGCUGCGUGGCAUCGAGGCCAAACGCCAGCGCCGGGCGCGCCUGUCCCCCGAGGAGAUCGCCAGCGAGAAGCAGGCCAAGCAGCUCCGUCGCCGGGACCGGCUGAUGCGCCUCCAGCGCUAUCUUCAUCGGCGCGAGGAUAAGAUGCGCCGCCAUGGCGAGCAGCACCGGCUGGCAUCGGCCCAGCCGCCCGCCGACUCACCGACCCCUGCCACAGGCACGGGAUUGCCAUCGACCUCUCCGAGCCCGGGCCCCUCGCCGCCUAUCAAGGCCGAGCCGGCCUCCUCGCCGUCAUCCCUGCCGCCGCCGCCGCCAUCUCCUCCAGCCCACGGUGGCGUUGCUGGCCAGACUGCGUCAACAUCACAGGCCGCCUCUCAGGCCCCACGCACCUGGCUCACUAUCUGA